AUGGUUGUCAAUACACCCGUUUCUUCAGCACAGGGACUGAAACGGUCCUUGUCAUCUAUGCAAGAUGGAUGUGCUGGCUGGGAGAGCGCUUCUCCCAUGGGAGCUCCCUUACGCCCCCCCUUCAGCCUUCCUUUCGCUCACUAUGCAUUGAUCUACUAUGAUAACAUGGGUAAGAUCAAGGUCUCCGAGUCGCCGUCCAUCCAGGAGCAGCACUGCUCUGUGUUUACGCCCGAUGUCCGUGAAAAGUUCCUUGAGAUAAUCGGCCCCAAGAUAGGAUACAACAAGCCACUGAUACGUCGUCCCUCAGCGGCUCAAUACCAUCAUCCUCAUGAUACAACGGCAUACCACCGUCACGGCAAACGCCGCAAGGCCUCCGCUCAGGACCCUAACCUUGGAAUGUCUUUUACCGAACACUUUCCCGAGCCUAUCCCGCAGAUCCCUUCACCCACCACCAACAACAUGGUAGCUCUGGCAAUCGGCCACACCGAAAAAGUCCUAGAGUACUACGAAACGGCCCUUAAGCACUUCCAACAAAUAAACUGUCGUCUCAUUGCAAAGGCGUUCAUCAAAUUCAUUGAACCUCGCAAGCAAGUGAAGCACCCAUACAACGGCGGCAGACCGAGAGCAGGCGCACCACCGGGCGAGAAAGGCGACCCAGAAAAGACCAAACCUGAGUGGUGGCCCGCUGGAGUUCAGCACAAGGAGCCCGACCACCUGAAAAAAGACCAACGACUCCGUCUCUUGAUCCACAUCCUGCGCAAGCUGGGCAGGUUCAACAUCACUUCAGAAAAGCUGCAGGAAGUCGCACAAGACUCCAAAAGACAGCUUCGCCCUGAAGAAAGCAUGGAGGAGAAGAUGGAGAUCCUCAACGAGAUUUUCAAGGUCAGGCGACUAGAAGAGCGAUUCGAACAGGGAGAAGUUGACGCGGAUACCAUGGUAUACAUUCGCAACCGUGAUGCACCGACCAAGGACAUUAAGGAUAAUGAGUCCGUGGUGAGCGACACAGAACAGAAGAUUGAGCCUGAGGACUUCGAGGACGAGGAGGAUCCAUUAAGCUCUGCGUCCUACUCAGAACAUUUGCCUUCAUUCCCUGCGGUCGACCCUCUAGCCUUGCAGACACGAUCUUUCAGUAUGAGCAACGACCGAAGCCAAACGUUCCCGAUGAAUGACAGUUUAAACUCCGGCGACCCAUCAAGACAAACCCGCCCGUACUUUACGACAUCCGCCGAGUACGCCGAUGACUACCAAUCACAUUCUAUGCUGAGAACUGCAGCGCCUAGCCUGGUCAGCCCGAACGAGCCUGCUAGCACAUUCGAUUAUCUAUCCCAGACACCGUUCACUGCUCCCGCUCCGGUAGAGCACUCUCGCACUCUGACGAUGCCAAUGCAGCAGGCCAAUCACUUCGAUGCUUGGAACUCACCAUUCCGGCCUAGUCUCUACAAUCCGAUGGAAUACGCACCCUCUCAGACGCUUACCCAGAACCCAAUACACUACCCGCUGGCGAUGAACUCUUCUCCCACCCACGGCCUGCCUCAAGACUUGGGCCGUGAGAGGCAUAUGGACCUUUUAGGAGGGAGGUCGUCACUCACCAAGUCCUUCUAA